AUGCAUAUGAACAAGAAUAAGCUCAUCUUACUACUUGGAAUGAUCUUCUUGGGACAAAAUAAAUCUGCAACUCUCGAUCUCCCCAAAGUUCCCACUUGCGGGCAGAGUCGGAUGAAGGUACAGCCUUUGAGCCACCUUAGCAUUUUCAGUCGUAUUGUUGGGGGAAGCCAAGUGGAAAAGGGAGCCUACCCUUGGCAGGUGUCUCUGAAACGAAGGCAGAAGCAUGUCUGUGGUGGGACCAUCAUCUCUCCACAGUGGGUGAUCACAGCUGCUCACUGCGUUGCUAACAGAAAUAUUGCAUCAACAUUCAACGUUACUGCUGGAGAAUAUGACUUGAGCUAUACCGAGCCGGGAGAGCAAACCCUCACCAUUGAAACCAUCAUCACACACCCACAUUUCUCCACCAAGAAACCAAUGGAUUAUGACAUUGCUCUUUUGAAGAUGGCUGGAGCUUUCCACUUUGGUAAACAUUUUGUGGGGCCCAUGUGUCUUCCAGAGCCAGGGGAACGAUUCGCACCUGGAUUUAUUUGCACAACUGCAGGCUGGGGCCGACUGAAUGAGGAUGGCAUCGCCCCGCAAGUCCUGCAGGAAGUGGACCUGCCCAUUUUGACCCAAGACGAGUGUAUCACAGCUCUGCUGACACUACAGAAACCCAUCAGUGGGCAGACGUUUCUCUGCACGGGCUUCCCAGAUGGAGGAAGAGAUGCAUGCCAAGGAGAUUCAGGGGGUUCCCUCAUGUGCCGGAAUAAGAAAGGGACGUGGACACUGGCGGGCGUGACUUCUUGGGGUUUGGGCUGCGGUCGAGGCUGGAGAAAAAAUCUGCAGAAAGAUGAUCAAGGAUCCCCUGGGAUCUUCACAGAUCUUACUAAAGUGCUGCCCUGGAUCCACAGACACAUCCAAAUUGGUAAUCAAAGAAAGAGCUACAGAGCCUCAUGCGGUGAGCAGGAUCGUGUGAUCAGAGCAUCAGAGGGGGAGCUGCACUUCCCAGAAAGCCCCUUCCUGUAUUACCAGCGCAAGCAGCUGUGUGUCUGGACCCUCGUGGUGCCAGAGGGGAUGCACCUGCUCCUUACUUUUGCUGACUUUGAUGCAGAAUCUUGUCCCCACAGUUACCUGUCAGUCUAUUCGUUAGAAGACAUACUCGUGGGGAGAUUCUGCGGCGAGGUCCUGACUUCAUCGGUGCUCAUUGGCUCCAACACUGUAAGGCUGAGCUUCAUCUCUGACGCCACAGAUGACGCCGCUGGGUUUAAUCUCACCUAUAAAGCUCUUAACCCAAACUACCUUCCUGAUUCAGGCUGCAGCUCCUUAACUAUCCUGUUUGAAGAAGGCCUCAUACAGAGUCUUCACUAUCCCCGAGACUACAGCAACAUGGCCAGCUGCCACUGGAUUUUUCAAGCCCCCAAACAUUAUCUAGUGAAGCUCUCCUUUCAGAGCCUGGAGAUAGAGGAGAAUGGGGACUGCACCUCCGACUACGUGAGCGCGCACGCGGACGUGGAAAGAAAGGAGGAGAUCGCUCGGCUGUGUGGCUUUGUCCUUCCUGCCCCAGUGGUGAGCCCCUCCCAGGUCAUGUCCGUCACCUUCCAGUCGGACGAAACCUCGACCUUCAGAGGCUUUCAGGCUGCCGUCUCCUUCAUCCCGGAAACAGGUGAGAGGAUGGAGCCCCACCUGACGCUGUGGUAA